AAAUGUUUCAUUACAGCUGUGAUGAGCCUUUGCUGCGGUUCUGAAUAGAGUUUGGCUAUCCAGCUGGAUAAAAUGAUCUAUAUCGAAACGACUAAAAAGACACCAGAAGCACGUUUAACUGUAUCAAGAAAAAGUCAAAAUGCUAGUAUGGUCUUGGCUUGAUGCAAAACAGAACGUGCAGAACGUAUGUCAUUAGACCAACUCGGCAACUCCCCUAUUUCAAUUUUUCAAAUCAACACGCCGCUAACUCCACAAUUACUCUUAAGUUGACGGAAAAUGUCCUGGUUCGGUAAUGUAAUUAACCGGUGUGUCUGGGAAAAAAAGAAAGAAAAAAAAGUCAGCGUGAGUGUAGUUUACAGACACUGGUUAUCCAAUAACUGAAUCGGUGGAAGUCUCUACUGGAAACUUUAUACUUUAAAUUUGGGACAACAUGUUUUUUGAGAAGUCACUUGAUUGUAUUGAAUGAAGACCCCAAAAAGAUUAAGUAGACCUCACUUGAUUUACGUGUUGAAUGAAUACUCCAAAAAGAUUAAAUAGACCUCACUGAAAGCGAGACUUGUUCUUGCUAGUUAGUUUUUCGUACUUUUAACCCUUUUUGUAACCAAAAAAAAAAAAAAAUCGGGUAGAAUUUUCAAAUCAACCAUCGCAUGAUUUGUUCUAAUUUUUAUUACUCUCUGUUAAAGAGUUUCACCCCAUCCGGGUUAUAUACAAAACCGCGAGUGCUACGUAUAAAGCAAAGAAAUGAUGCGGAUCCAAAACCGCAUAACCGGCCCAAACAAGCCCCGACUCUGGUCAGUCUCAAUCCCCAGCAUUUCUUGUUUCCACUCCCCAAGAUUCAACUCGGUUGGUAUGAAUAAGAUUUUGGAUUUUGGAAGGAAGGCUCUGUUCUACGCCAGGGUUCUUUCCGGCUAUGAAGAACGCAGAAUCCGAAGCUAUCGCUUGCAGGUCGAGAAGCGUAUCAAACAGGCAGAAGAGCGGAAGCUGGCUAUAAGAAAGCUUCCUGAGCAGACUAUUUUGUCGGAGGUUCGCCGUAUGGUUGAGGAGAUGCAGAAUUUAAAUAAGAAGCUAGAAGAGACUGAGGCUGCUAUUGAAGACUACUUCAAGCCACUCGACCAAGAGGCUCAGAGGAUAAUGAAAACACAACUUGAAGGAGAGGAGAGAACAAUGAAGCAGAUGAUGAAAACCAUGCAUGACCAGGCUAUGCUUGAUAUAGCUGAAGAGGAGAGAAAAAUAAAAGCACAAAUAGUCGACACAAACCAGAAGAACCAAGACCCAAGACCUAAUACCCAACAUCUGCCACCGCCCCCCUGAAGGUUAGACAAGAUGAUUUUGUAAUAAUUGGUAAUAUAGCUUUAGGAUUACUCCUGUACGAGCAUUAUCAGUUUUGGUUGUUUCAGUAACUGUGCUUUGGUAUGAAUAUAAGAGAAGUACUCUGUACUGCAAGUUUUACCACAACUCUUGGAUUAUGAACCGACUUGGCAAUAAAGUAAUUGUCUCAUCAUAUGUAACACAGUUCUCUCCCCUCGCCAUUUCUUCAGUAAUGAAUUUAUACAACAUCACGUCA